AUGGAGGAUGGUAUAAUGGAUGAUGGUGGACUUGAGGGAUGCAUCGAAGAAAUGAGAGAGUUGGCCAAGGAUAAAUCACCAUAUCUUGGUAUGGAGUUUCCAUCGGAAGAAGCUGCAUAUGAGUUUUAUAAUGAAUACGGAAGAAUUGUGGGGUUUAGUAUUAGAAGAGAUUAUUGUAACAAAAGCAAGAAAGAUGAUGUUAUGACUAGUAGAAAGUUUGUUUGUUGUAAGGAGGGAGAGAGGGAAAAAGAUAAAUGGUAUACGAUAAUAAAAAAUCCUCGAAGUGAGACAAGAACAAAUUGUAAUGCAUUCAUGCAUAUAUCUUUUAAGCAAGACUUGUCGAAGUGGAUUGUGUCAAAGUUUGAUAGCAACCACAACCACCCUUUGCAUCUUCCUCAAUGUACUCAUUUGAUGCCAUCUCAGAGAAAGGUAUGUGAUGCUCAGGGUAUAAAUAUUGAUAUAGCUGAUCAGACUGGAAUAUCUCUUAAGGCUUCACAUGAUCUUAUUAGUGCUAUAGCAGGAGGGAAGGAAUUUGUAGGGUUCACACGGGAGGAUCAGAAAACCUACUUACGUGGCAAAAGACAGCAAAACUUGCAGUAUGGUGAAGCAGGGAGUUUGUUAAGAUAUUUCCAGCAGCAAGUAACAGAAAAUCCAUAUUUUUACUAUGCCAUUCAGUUGGAUGUAGAUGAGAUGAUUACUAAUAUUUUUUGGGCUGAUCAUCAGAUGAUAACAAAUUAUGGGCUUUUCGGUGAUGCGGUGUCAUUCGACACAACUUUUAGAACAAAUAAGGAGUACCGCCCACUUGCUUUAUUUUCUGGCUUUAACCACUUUAGAAUGACAGUGAUUUUUGGUGCAACAUUAUUGUAUGAUGAAACAACAGAGUCAUUUGAAUGGUUAUUUGAAACUUUUUUGGAUGCAAUGUCAGGAAAAAAGCCUAUUAGUUUUUUUACAGACCAAGAUCAAGCAAUGGCUAAGGCAAUUUCACAAAUCAUGCCUGAGGUUUUUCAUAGGUUGUGCACUUUUCACCUAAUGCAAAAUGCUUUAAAGCAUUUAGGUUACUUGUUCAAGAGUGGUUCAAAAUUUAGUAGCGAUUUAAAGGCUUGCAUUUAUGACUACAAGAAUGAGCAUGAAUUAAUUGAAGCUUGGAAUUCUUUGAUUGAUAAAUACAACUUGCAAGAGAAUGAGUGGAUGAAAAGAACUUGGAGAAAAAGAGAGCAAUGGGCGCAUGUGUAUAUGAAGUGGGUAUUUACUGGAGGAAUGCGAAGUACAAAACUUAGUGAAAGUCUAAAUGGAACAUUAAGGAGAUAUUUGAAAGGUGAUCAUAACAUUGUUCAAUUCUUUACUCAUUUCAAUCGGAUUGUUGUAGAUAAGCGGUAUGAGGAAAUUUCUACAAUAUAUGAUUCUAGACAAAAGUUGCCAAGAAUGAAAUUAAAAAAGUCUCCCAUUUUAAUCCAGGUUGCGAGUUUGUACACCCCUUCUAUCUUUGAUUUAUUUCAUUAUGAGUUGGAUACAUCCCUUUGUUGUCAAGUGAAACAAUUCCAUGAGUUAGAAGGAGAAGUUAAGUGCGUGAUUGGCUUGUAUGGUAAUGAUGAAGAGUAUAUUGUGGAGGGUAGAGUGGAAGUUACUGGGCUAAGAGGAGAAAAAAGCUGUCGAGAAAUACAUUGUACUUGUAAGAAAUUUGAGAACUUCGGAAUUUUGUGUAGUCAUGCAAUCAAAGCACUUAUGUAG